UUCUCUAGUCAGCCAGCAGCUGAUCCAGCCACUGGUCACCAUGAAGGCUCUCCUGACUCUGGGGCUCCUCCUGCUUUCUCUCACUGUAGAGGCCAAGGUCUAUGGACGCUGUGAGUUAGCCAGAAUUCUGAAAAGAAGUGGAAUGGCUGGCUACCGUGGAGUCAGCCUGGCAGACUGGGUGUGUUUAGCUCAACAUGAGAGCAAUUACAACACACGAGCUACAAACUACAACCCUGGAGACCAAAGCACAGACUAUGGGAUAUUUCAGAUCAAUAGCCGAUACUGGUGUAAUGAUGGCAAAACCCCAAGAGCAGUGAAUGCAUGUGGGAUACCCUGCAGUGCUCUGCUGCAGGAUGACAUCACUCAAGCCAUACAAUGUGCAAAGAGGGUUGUGAGGGAUCCCCAAGGCGUUCGAGCAUGGGUGGCAUGGCAAAGGCACUGUCAAAACCGAGAUCUAUCUCAGUAUAUUCGGGACUGCGGAGUCUGACCACUGUGUGCUUCCACUACAGCUCAUUCUGUCUCUUUCUCUCUAUAGAAGUAGGUGUGGCAAAGGUCACACUUCCUCGCUUUCCCCAAACUAACAGGACUUCAGCAGAAACAGGACAAAAUGGAGACUUAUUCCUAAGAGGCUUAAUGCUGAUACUGUUUGUUGUGUUUAAGUAAAGUUUCACUCACCUGUCAGUCAGAUAAUGCCCUGGAUGCUGCUGAGAUUCUUCCAGCAGAGUGAUGGCCACACUCACAUCUCUGUGCAUCAGUUCUUUUUCACCCAGGAAGUAAUUCACAUUGAGUUCCAUUAAAAUUCAUCUUAACCAGGCCUAUGCAAUUUACAGCGAUUUAUAACAGCUAUUUAAGGAGUCCAGUUGAUAUAUAGCAAUGGCAGUUGUGUGAGCUCCAGGGCUUUGUGAGGCUAGGCACAUAGUUAAAACAGCCUCUGUGGGGGUGGAGAGGGAUUUCUAGGGCACAGGACUCUCACUGGAUGAGAACUGAGGCUGCCUGAACUCAGAAACUGAUCCUGAAACUUGUGGCCUUUCAAAAGCGUAUCUUCUUAGAGCUGGAACAUUUAUCCUGCUUAAAAAAUAAAUUCUCAGCCCAUGUGUCAGUCUGUGUAAACCCUUGAGAGGAUGUUCGUGAGGUAUUAGGGGGAACUAGUGAGCAGUGCUUGUCCUGGUCUUUCUUAAGUGGCUUCAUGCAUAUGAACUAACUCUGACACAGAUGAGCUUGUGUGAGCAAAUAACCACAGGAGAAAAUCUAACCUCAAAGUGAAAAAGUACAAAUAGCAUUAAAUGACUUUCAAUGCA